AUGAAAUUCUUCCGGUCACUCUUCCACACGACCAUCCCCGUCUCCCAUGAGGAGCCCAUCACCUCUUUUCACAAUGGACGCACUACGACGUCUUUCUCCCAUGCUGUCCACACCGAAACAUAUGCACCUUUAUGUGUUCUCUCUUUUCCUUCUUCAAACCCGAAACUCAUCAACGAGAAUGCUCUUAAAAUGAUUAAAACGGUCCAUCACAAGAACAUCUUAAAGACUUUGGAUGUCAUUUCGAAGGACAAAUCGAUAUUUGUGUUAUUUGAAGAAUCGGUUCCGUUGUCGUUAUUUGUUAAGACGUAUUUGCUGGACACCAACGAGAUCAUGCUUGGACUGUAUACGAUCUCGUCAGCUCUCGACUUUUUACAUCAGAACGGAUAUAAGCACCUUUCGUUCUCAAUGGAGUCGGUGUUUGUGACGAAAUCGGGGGAGUGGAAGUUGGGGGAUUUACAAUUUGUGUUCAAAGAAGCGCCGAGUAAUUUGGCAAAUAAUUUUGUGCAGAGGGACGAGAAGAAGAUGUUCUGGCAGUUUGCGAAUUGUUUCAAAAACGCGCCAAAGGAGAUUGUCGAAAUUUUGAAGGAAAACCGGAUCGACACGAUCGAGGAAAUUCUCUUCAACUCGAAUAUCCAGGCGAUACCUAUCAUCACGGUGUAUAAGACGAUUCAUAAUUACACUCUCCUUGACGAAAAUGCGAGAAAGACGUUUUUGAAAUAUUUGGCGGGGCAACGGUUGAAAGACAACUUUCUGUGUUACACUGUGUUGCCGUUUUAUAUCAAAAUAUUUGAGAGCGAACUUAUCGAAGCGCGUUUUGUGGUUGAACCAAUUUUGAGACUGUCAAAUGGACUGACUGAGUUUGAGUUUGAAAGGGAGAUAGAACCAGUCAUUGUCAAACUCAUUGAGUCAACGCUGCAAAUUCGGUACAACACGUUGUGUAAUCUGAGAAGUUGUAUUGAACAAAUGAACACCAAGUUUGUUGAAAAGAUAGUGCCGACGAUUAUGGUCAUGUGUGAAGAUAGUAAUGAGAGUAUUCGAGAUGCAAGUUUGAGGGGGUUGUGUGCUGUGUUGGAGAAAACAAAAGGAGAAACGAAGAACUUGAUAUAUGAGAGGUUUUUGAAGGGGAUCCACGACUCUUCGAUUCACGUGAGAACGAAUGCAGUGAUUUGUGUUGACAAAUCACUGGGGAAGUUUGAAGACUUACGGACGAGAGAGUUGGUUAUUAUGGCGGCAAAACAAGCAACCAAAGACUUUAGUCUUGAGAUGCGACUGUCUGUGAUGAGCUCAUUAAACAAAAUCAUGAAACUGUUUACUGGAGAAGAGUUGGCGCUUAAAGUACUUCCGCUCAUUCCAACAUUUUUGAUAGACAAACGCACUGAUGUGAGAAGCAAAGCAAGAAGCGUGUUUGGGUAUGCUAGUGCGGAACUUUUGAAGUACUCAGAAACCCUUGAUGACUUGCAAAAUUUGACGAUGCCCGAUUUGAAGCAAAAGGAGACGGAAGUUGUGAGAGCGGAAAAUGUCCCAGUGCAGCGCGUACACAAUUCAGAAAAAUCGGAGGCGUUUCUGAAGGAGAGAUGCGACAAAAAAAUCGAAAGAGCAAAGACCGAGGAGUUGUUUCGCGGACUUGUUGUGUCAAAAGGAGCUGCAACAUUACCUGCGAAUGUCGACAGGGCGAAACGUGAAAGCACUGAAUCACUGGAGGCGUCGUUUGAAGAUAACAAAUCAACGAGUGAGAAACAAAAUGCGUGGGGGACGAACGAGGCGAAUGAAGGGUAUUGGGGUGAGUGGUCGAAGGCGGUAGAAACGACGAAGACCAACAACAACAUGAGUUAUGACGUUGUUAUAUGA